AUGUACGUGAAUGUGUAUAUAUUUCAAGUGUUCCCAAUAAAGAAUGAAUUGAGUGCUUCUCGCUGUACUUUCCUUACAUACUCCUUCGCUAAAUUGUUGUACUGCUUAGUUGAGACAAUGCAAGUAAUUUCCGCUUUGGCUCUACGGAUAUGUUUCGAGCGUUAUCCAAACCAACGUCUAGUGAAUGUGAGGCCGUAUCAUAGCGAGUGGAGAAUGCGAAGCGAAGAUGACUGUCUUCAGUUCUGCAGAGACACAGCGACCCGCUGUCGCUCUGUGGUAUACGACACUGUGCAGCACAUCUGCCAUUUCUUUCUGGAUGAAGGUCACGAUGUCACUGCUCCUGCUGCCAGGAUGACCUACUUGCGUGUAGUCAGUGAAGACUGUUUAGUUGGCGCACCGUCGUCAUCUGAAGCGAACGUCAUAGAAUCCAAUGAAUCCCAAGAAUCAUUGCAAGGUCCUGUGCAAUCUCCUUCACAGUUUGUCGUUUCAACAACACCCUUUUACCGUCCUGAAACGACUGCCGAGCCAAGAACUGAAUUAACCACUGAGGAAGUAACUACCGAAGAAGUAACUCCAGAGGCUACCGAGGAAUCCCCUUCCUCCACAACCACAACCAUUCCAUCAGUCAACGACGACGAAGACAAUUUCAAAGUUUCGGGAAAACAAUCCGAUAACGAACAGAAGUUGGGCGGAUACGAAGUUAUGAGAGACAUUGAUGCAGUUGAAAGUUCAGACAAGAGAUGGCAGUCAUCUAUGGAGCAACUUACGAAGAAUAAGGAUCACAUGGCUUUUAGAGGAGAAAAAAUGUCUCCUACGGAGGAUGUGAUGGAGUCAGAAAGGCCACGUUCUACGCUUUCCUUAAUUUCAAGAGGACAAAAAGUGCACUUGAAUAAAGAACUCAAUCAGAAACUAGAUCAAUUAAAGAGAAAGUUCCCGAACAGAUAUGCACAAUAUCUUGCCGAGAAAAAUCCGAGCUCAUUCCCAAUCUCUGCAGAAGAGGUGACUACCACAGGGCCAGAACCACAUUUCGUUCCCUUAGUAAUGAAGAAUCGGAAAUCCAUCUACUUCCAGAAGUUCUCCGCAAAACGCAUAAAUUUCUCUGAUGAUAACAUUUUUGCGCGGAAAGAGCGUACAGAAGGAGGAGACGUCAGAAGACGGGAACGGAAAAAACUAAAGCAAGUGGUGCUUCAUGGUUCUCAUUCGUUCCUGAAUAAAGCUCUCGAUUUCUUGGAACAAAUCAAUGGCAAGAAGGAAUUUAUUGGUGAUGAUUCGGACAGUCAAGUCGACAACUCAGCUGCAGUCUCCGCAUUGACAAAAGGCUGUUUCAGUGGUUACAUUCCUUUAUGGGUAUCGUUUGAGAACUCUGCUGGCAGUGAAAUGAUUGACAGUAGUUACGUUGAGGAUUUCGAAGCGUGUAAAGAUUUGUGCGCAGAUGAGAUCAAUAAGGUUAUCCAUGUACAAAACGAAUUUUCCCCGCAGACAUGCACUUCGCUGACAUUCUUCGAUGACAAACAGUGCAUGGUGAACGUUGAAGACGGUGGUGUGCACCUGAGAAGACCAGCUCACGGGCGACGCUCAGCUCGUACUGAUCUCAAAUUCUGUUACCCAGACAAAAUCCAUUCUUACCACGAUUGUUCCACAUUUGUCGGAUUUAGGGAAUUCGCCCUUACGGUGGAGCCACGUGAACAAUUCGACGGUCUACCUCCUGGUUAUGAUGGUCUCAAGCUGUGCAUUGAGCUCUGCGUUCUCAGCACUCAAUACAGGUGUAGGUCAGCCACCUAUCUUACCCUGGAGGGGAGAUGUUCACUGAGCGAGAUGGAUGCCAACACAGCACCAUCGAAGUUCGAACGCUCAGACGUUGUCGGUCAACUUUACUUUGAGAACGGAUGCACCGCUUAUUCAAAUCAGGCACAAAUUGAUAAAAACACUAUCAGUAUUGAACGAAUGAAGCUGAAACGCAAACCUACUCCUAUCAGACCUCUUAAGAUCAAGCCAAUCAAAUUGAGGAAGAAUGAGGAGAAAGGGCCUCAUUCUUCAUUCACGAAAAAGUGA